CUCGGCAUUGUUGGAUAUGCGGAAAAAAUGGAGGAGCUGAUUGUCUGCAGGACUCGAUCAGCUCAUUGCAUGUCAAAAAAAAAGAAGAACUCUAACCUAACCAAAAAAGUUAAAAAGCCGAAAAUUCAAACAAAUAGUUCCUAAAUUUUCUUUUUAUCAAAAUAUUUAUGUUGUUUUUGAGCCAUGACUUGUAUAUACAAUAAAAAUCUAACAUUACAGAUCCAUGAUCGCUGUGGAUUAUCUGAAAAUAGGAUUGUUAACUUGAUUUUAAUUAACAGUCAAGAAUCUCUGCAAAUUAAAAUGCGGGACCCUUCUGAAUAUACUUUUAAUUACAAUGAAACUAUUGAUUUAGGCGAUUAUGAAAUACUCAGAGCUAAACAAAAUUUGGAUAUUAACUUUAAUGAAUUUAAAAGUAAUCUUUUGGAAAUGUUACAGCAAGUCCAAAAGAAAGAGAUGUUUUUGAGAUGUGAUUCUUCAGAAAAAACGUGCACGUUAGUAUUUUACAAUAAAUCCAAAAUUAAAUCCAUUAUUUAUUUAACACUAGAUCUACGUCCUACAGCACAAAAGGAAAUUCUGAGUGAGGUUUUGAAUAAUAUGCAAUUUUUAAAGGAAUCCAACGAAAGACUUCAACUUCAGGUUUCAAAUAUGAAAAAAAUUGUAACCGAAAAGGAUAGAGAAAUAAAACUUUCAUACUGCUACAGAUCACAGAUGGAAUCUCAAUUUUAUGAAAUUUUAAAAGAAGUGGAAAACAGCAUAAUCAGCAAAUCAAAAGAUAUGGAAUGCCUUUUGGUAACAAAAAUAAGAAAUAAUAUGCAAAAAGUUGCUUCUCUCUUAGAAGAAGUAAAUACUUUAAAGAGAAAAACUACUUUAAAGAAUGAUUCAACUAGAAGACUCUUAAAGAACGUCGAAAAUUUAAAAUUAGAAAAUAACAAAAACAUGGUUACGGCGGAUCAGCUAAAACAAGAAAAUAGUGAACUACACAAAGCACAAAAUAAUUUGGAAAAGAAUUUGGCAAGUUUAAGAAACAUUUUAAAUGAAAGAGAUAUUUCAAAUAGAGAACUUCAGAAGAAAAAUGAAGAAUUAAAAUCUGAUAUGGAAAAAGCUACUAUUAUUAUAGCUCAAAAGAGUUCAAGCAUGGAUGAAUUACGUAAAGAUCUAAUACAAGCAAAUCAAAUGUUAGUUAAUUUCAAUAAUCACUAUGACCAAAAAGUCGAGACAAUCGAAAAUCUACAGGCAACAUUAGUUACCAAAAGUCAAAUUAUUGAAGAAGAAAAAUGUAAAAAUUAUGAACUUCAAAAGGAGUUUGAUGGGUAUAAAAUCGUUUUUAAUGCAGAAACUCAACAAAAAUUGAAAAACGAAUUAUUUUUGGCUCAAAAUAAAAUUGAUGAAUUGGAAAAAUCGAUCAGAAAUGUUAAGAAAAUAAAUUCCCUGCUUUCUGAAAAAGUUAAUCGGAUAGGAAUCUAGAAUUUUAAUAUAUAUGUUUAUUGUUAGCCACAUAAUUUGUAUUUUUGUAUUUAGUGCUGAAUAGUAUUUUUUUUAUAUUUCCAAUAUUUUUAAAAGAAAAAUAAUU